CUACGCUCUCAUACAUCUCGAAAACAAAAACAUCUCGGCUACAAAACCGAUAUACAAUAUCGAUUUUAUCGAGUUUAGUGAAAGAACUAAAAAUCUGCUGCAAUGUUCUCGUAUUUAUCUAUGAAAAUGUCGUAAAAAGAAACCAAAGGAAUUUUGUCCCAAGUAAAUUCAACGUGCCAAAUAAUCGAUGAUGUACGGGAAAAGUCUCGCACUUUGGUGUUACAUGUUUCCAUUCAUCACUUCAUCUUCUUCGUUACUUUGGCCAAGUUCCACGAGUGACGACAGGAAAAAAAAUUAUUCGACGAUGCGAUAUCAUUUUGAUGCAAACACCAUGAAAAAUUAUGACAAUGAAGAAGAUUCGAUACGUUAUAAUUUGCACGAAAAUUCUACCAAAGAUGGCAAUGUCACGCAGUACACAUAUCAGUACAGUAUCAAUUUUACGAAUAACAACCGCAAGAAUGACGACUUGAUACGAUAUAAAUUUCAAAUACAUGCCGCAAAGAAAUAUGAGAAUUAUAGUCAAACGCCAGUGCAGUCUCGCAUAAACUUAACAGAAGCUAGCAUAAAGAAAAAUUUCAUGUCACGAAAAAUCUAUGGAAACUUGAAAGAGAUCAAAGGCGAAAAUAAUUCUACGUACGAUUUCUUUAAAAAUUUCGAUAGAUACAAUAUCAUUCCGGACGAGAUGUGCGACAAUGUUAUUUGCAUUCGGUUAUGCUGCCCUUUCGGUAAUCGUCUGGUUAACGGAAAAUGCAUUGCCGAGCUGGGUAAUUUUAUUUUCCUGGAAAGGAUGUAUGGAUAUGUUAAUGAUUCGUUGCAAGACGAAAGUAAACAAGUAGGCGAACUAUUUUAUCUGCUCGUUCACGAUCCGUGUCAAAAGACUGGACAUUAUUUGCUUAGUCCCGAUCUGCAUACUUUUCUCAUCAAUGGUUCUUUGUAUCUACCUUAUUAUAACACGAUCAUCGAAUCAACAUCUUAUUGCCUCGCAGUUGUGGAUCGCAAUAUAUUUGCUGUGAACGUUUGUUUUGAUAUUAUGAAAGAAAUCAUGAAUAAGGCCAAAAACCACAAUAAAAAUACAAUUGAUCCAGGAUAUAUAAAUAAAAACUGGUUAUAUACCAAAGACAAUUCCAAUAGAGAUAAUAAUAAAACCAUUAUUGUUUCGGAAAAUAUGUGCGACAAUAUUACCUGCAUACGCCUAUGUUGUCCUUUCGGUAAUCGCCUGGUUAAUGAAAAAUGCAUUGCUGGACAGGGUAACUUUAUUUUUCUAGAAAAUAUGUUUGGAUACGUUAGUGAUUCAUCGCAAAACAAAAGUAAAAGCGUAAACAAACAAUUUCUUCUAAUCGCUGACGAUCCAUGUCAGAAGACUGGACAUUAUUUUUUUUAUCCCAAAUAUGAGAACAUGUUUUUUGAUGAUGGCUCUUGGUACCUAAAUGAACACAACGUAACUAUCGAAUCAACAUCUUAUUGUCUCGCGAUCGUGGAAACCAACAAAGAUAAUCCUGUGUACGAAUUUACUGUGAACGUUUGCCUUGACAUUGCGAACAAGUUCAUAAAAGAUAUCAAUAUCCCGAUAAACCAAGAUAAAAGUGCCAUUUUUCGUGCAAGUACAAUCAUAUCUAUGUGCGGCUUUCUAGGAUCUCUACUGUUAUCAUUGAUGAUGUUUAUAGUGUAUUCCAUAAUACCAGAGCUCCGUAAUAUACACGGUUUCAUAUUGCGUGGAUAUAGCGGCUCGAUAGCUAUCGUGAACACAAUUGAAUUGGUAAAGACAUUCAUCAAAAGGGAUGCUAUAGGGGACUUCAUCUGUAUUGCAUAUGCUUUUGUCAAAUACUAUUUCUUUAUAGCAAGCUGGUUUUGGUUAAAUGUAAUGAGUAUCGAUAUGUGGCUUACAUUUAGUCAAUUACGUUCGUUACAAAAAGAUGUGAAACAACAAGAAAAAAAGAAGUUAAUAUAUUAUUCUGUUUACGGUUGGGGAAGCCCCUUUAUCCUCGCUAUCAUUUGUGGCAUCAUGGAUUUUGUUUCUGGUGUAGCGGAAAAUUUUCGACCAAAAUUUGAUAAAGAAUGUUGGUUUGAUAGUUAUAUGACUCGCAUGUUAUACGUUUACGGAAUUGUAGCUAUUUGUAUUAUCAGUAUUAUUUGGUUGUGCAUCCAUUCGGCACGAAAAAUCGCACACUACGAAAAAGAUAUUGCUCAUCAUCAGAGAGAUUCGGAGAGCUACCGUUAUAAAAACAACAAGCAAUGGUUCAAUCUAUAUCUGAAGGCAACUAAAAUUUUAUUUAUCAUCUUUUGCAUUAAAUCGCCCAUGAAUGUGUUGAACUUCGAUGAGUCAUGUACCUUUCUAUAUACUCUUUUCAUGCUGGACGUCUUACAGCAAUUUUCCAUUUUUAUUAUAUUUGUAUGGAAGAAAGAGAUCAAACAGUUAUUACUGAAGCGAUUUGGUUGCCACAGUUAAAGUAUAUUUUCGAAAUUCAGCAAAUUAUCACAUCUUUAAACAAUUACACAUCAAGGAUAAUUUCUCUAUGAAGAAAGAAAUUAAUCUUUACGGAAAAACAAACGCUCACGCAGAUAAUUCGUUUACUUUGAUUGAUCUUCAGUGCUACUAUGCUUGGCAAAAAGAUUCUGUCGUAAGUCAAAAGUCGCCAGAUAUCCAUACACAUAUAUACAGGAUGUCCGACAACUAAGUAAACAAAUCAAAGGUAGAUGUAGAUUGAAUUAAACUGAGUCAAAAACUCUUAAAUCAUUUUUUGUAUAAUGUUUAACAUAGGAGUUAUUAUUGAGUAUAAUCUGAUCAAUCAGCACCAACUUUCAGUUGGACGCACAUCAAUGAUCCGUUUGGUAGUAUGCUUGAGCGCUCAAAUCGACUAUGGAGUUGAUUUCUACUUUUGUCAUUACAAACACAUACUUUACUUACAUCGUUACAUAAAUUUUGUGCAUACAUUAAGUUUUUGUUGAAUCAUAAAACAUAUAUAUUUUUAACCAUA